GUUUAAAAAAGCAACGUAACUGCGUCUUGUUGCAGACGAUAAUCUUAUGUAGUUUUUAAGUGUUGUUGUAAUGUGAUCGCUUGAAUCUUGAAAAUUGAGAUGAAAGAAUUUACCGAAAAAGACUUAACGUGACAGUAACUAAUCGGAAGGUUGGUUACAAGCUCUCUGUGGUUAAUACUGAAUUUAUUUGCUAAUCUUCGUUUACUUUGCCCUCGGUAUUUAUUUUAUCUGAGUUGUCAGUUUUCGAAACGCGGAGUGGAAACAGCUUCAUUGCUGUAUUCGCCUGGAGGCCGGAAAAUAAGUUAUGGAAAAUGUGUGAGCUUAACCGGUUAAAAUGUGGGCGGGUGAGACAAAAUUAAAAUAAUAAAAUACGCAGUAAGUCCUUUGGAGAACUGUAUGAUAAACUUGGGAUUCUUCACGUUUCAAAGGGUCUUUAGUGGUGUAGGGUGGGGAAUCUUUAGGAAGUGUUGGUACUGGCAGCGUAAUCUAGAGAGGUGUGUUUGAAAAUGAGUUUCCUACUAGUUAGGUUUGACCGUUGCCAAAUGAUAGUGGUUUAAAUGGGUGUCCAUAAUUGAAAAUAAGAUGUCGUGUCUCUAACGGCUUCCUUUCAGAUCGGGACCUCUUCUAAAUUUGAAAUGUCGCUGAUGACAGUUAAUUAUUCUUGUCCUGAGCAAGAUUUGAUCCACUUUUAGCAACGGUUAUUGAACUCGCAAUUGGACGGCCAUGUGGUGCAGUGGUUAGCGUUGCUCUGUUUAAAUCCUGCCCCGCACACAGUCAAUACGAAUGUGAGGGCGUGGAUGAAGGAUGCAGACGAUUAAAUGUGUGGUUGUUGGGGAUGGUGCAGUGGGGAAGACUUGCCUGCUAAUUUCCUAUACAACAAAUGCCUUCCCAGAGGAAUAUAUACCCACUGUUUUUGAUAAUUAUAGUGCGCAGAUGACAGUAGAUGGACGCACAGUCAGCCUCAACUUGUGGGACACAGCAGGUCAGGAAGAGUAUGACCGCUUGCGCACACUCUCCUAUCCGCAGACCAAUGUUUUCAUCAUCUGCUUCUCCAUUGGAAGUCCAUCUUCACAAGCCAAUGUUCGACAUAAGUGGCAUCCAGAGGUGUCGCACCACUGUCCAAAUGUUCCAAUUCUCCUUGUGGGAACCAAACGGGAUCUGCGGAACGAUUCUGAAACCAUCAAGAAAUUGAAGGAGCAGAGUCUUGCACCCACUACAAAUCAGCAAGGGUCUUCCCUGGCAAAACAGAUUGGUGCAGUGAAAUACUUGGAAUGCUCAGCUUUACUGCAAGAAGGUGUGCGAGAGGUGUUUGCAGAAGCCGUACGUGCUGUACUUUAUCCUGUAACUAAGAAGAAUCAAAAGAAAUGCGUAUUGUUGUAGUUAGGUAGACUUAAUGGGCUCUGGAUCAGCUGUGCUAUGUCCAUGCUGGUGAUCAUUGUCAUUUCUUUCUCUUGAGUUCAAUCAUUAUCUUUUAUUUAAUUUACAUCAGGUUCAGAAGAGUCCACUUGCUUUUUCUGUUUUCUAUUAGUAAUAAAAAAGAAGCACUCAAUUUGCUGUCUUUCUCUGGAAUAUUUAAUGUUUUUGUUCCCAUUUUUGAAACCAUCUUCAGUUUUCUGGACUUUGCCAUCGCUGAGCUAUGCAUUUUGUCCAAGUCAAAAGAAAUGACUACCCUUUGGGAAUUCAUGUUAUUUUGCCAAAAAGACAGAAACCCUGCACCUUUUGCUGGAAUUUACCAAAUCUCUGCAAAGAAAAAAAUGACUGACAUCAGUUUUUGUAAUAUUUAGGAAAAGUUUGUGUUGACUGUAACAAAAGAAAGGCAUAUAUGGAUCAGUGCAAAAAUAUUUGCUUGAUAAUAUUACUUAAAUUGUUAGAAUGUUUAUUAAGCUUGAAAUAAUAGUCCCAGGCAUCUAAAUAUUACAAUUACAUGCUUACAUAAAAGUAUGGACUACAGUAUUGGAAAUGGCAUCCUUUUCAGUGCCUUAUAAUUCAUCUUAACAAUAUAAAUCAUGAUUAUAAGACUUAACAUUUUAGUUUUAUCUUUUUUUAGUCAACUUGAUAUUCUAAAAGUACUAUUGCUAAGUACUGAAUAUUUGAUACCAGUAAGAGUAUGGCAACAGUUGACUGCUUUGCUGACCAGUAACAAGCCAGUAUCUACUGUUGUAUAUCUGUUUUUGCCAACAUUCCUUCAAACCUCCAUGUCGGACAAGGAUUUUUUGACAUUAGACAGCCAUUCUUUCUUUUAUUGUGCAUCUUAUACUUGCUCAACCACUUACCACCUCCAAACCUCUUCCUCCAGCCUGCACAUUGGCUUUGGGAUAUUUCCUAUACCUACCCCAACCCUUACUAUAGCAGUGAAAUAUUCAUUUGGUAUUCUCUUUUAAAUUGAAAUUAAUCUGGAAGUAUAUUGAAUUAUAAACUGAAGUAUCAGUUUGGUAUUUUAUUAAAAUGUGCACAACUUUUAUCUGACCUGAUUUUUUUUUUUUUUAUUGCAUUUUUCAGUGAUGAAUUAAUCUUUUUUCAAACCUCAGGGCUGAACUGUCAAGGUGUAACAUAUUCAUUAAUUUGACUUACUGGAUUACUGACUAAGGACUGAGAAAUGCUUUACUCUCACAAGUAUCAGCUUUGUUUUCAGGUUUGUUUUUUUUUUUUUUUGUGUAUGCCAUUGCUAAAAAUGUCCACAUUGUCGUGAGUGGUGGCAUUAUCAUUUAUUUUUAUUAUAAUGCUAGAUAUUUGGUGAAUAAACAUUUUUACAAUGUUUAUUCACUAAUAUUCAGUUUUUGUUAUGUACCAAGAUCACUCAGUCACUGGAGCAGGACAAAAGAAACAAGUUAUGGACCCGAGUGCUGGGCUUUGGCUCCUGAGUUCUCAGCAUUAACAUUCACGUGCAUGCAUCAGAUGCAGUGUAGAAUAUAUAGAUUUUGCCCAUUAAAGGAAGUUUUUGUUUAACCAAUAGAUACCUGAAAAUUAGCUGGAUUACACAGUGCCUUUUCUUAAUAUGUCUUACCUUAUAUACAUAAUAGUCCGAGUUGAUCAUAUUGUUUUCAUGCAGACUUGAAGUAAUCCACUUUCUGUUAUGUUCAUAAAUUAGGAAAAUGUUCUGUUGGU